CCUUCAAACAGCCUACAAUCAAUAAGUACGUACACCCAAUUCUUCAGUGGCUUCCAUUCAUUUGUUCCCGACUCAUCUCCCCGGUAAACCGCUUUGUGGAGGCUUGGCUGUUACACAACCUCGUGUUCCGCCUUUUGCUUUUGAUGCAUAUGCUUAAUGACUGCAUGUGGUGGUUGAUCAUUCCCCGCCCGUACACACAUGACUUUUGUCAUUGCAGUUUCAGGCUUUCAGCCACAUCUAUUCUGAAUCUGCUGAACUGCUCCGCUGCAUCCAGUGUGAAGUUUUGUUUCCAGUCUUACAUUUCUACUGUCUUCAUAUUAGCGAUAUGGAAGUCGCCCUUACAUUCGGCAGCGUGGGCGAUAUCAUUGCCGUUUGCCAGCUCGCUGCCCAGCUUGCUCGGGCACUGAGAGACUCAUGUGGUAGCGCAAAGGAAUAUCGUGAGCUCCAGCGAGACUCGGAGAUGUUGGUGAAGGUGUUGAUGCAGGUCAUUGAGACAUAUUCACAGCACUCGUUAUCUCCAUACCUAGACGGCCUGAAUACCGUUACGAAGGAGGUGGUCGACGAACUAGGAUCCCUGAUCCGAGAGCUUCUUUCCCGGUGGCGAGCCAAGUAUCAUGACAGCUUCCAAACCGGAGGUUCUGGAAGGAGGCUCAAAGACUGGGGGAAGAAGAUUGAAUGGUCCCUGCAUGAGCAAGAAGUGGUCAGGGACUUUCAGGAUAAGCUAGCACGCGGAGUGCAAAGGAUAACGCUGCUGAUGAGCCUUGCUGCGCGGAGGUCCUCCCGUGUUGACAACGCCACAAUGCUUGCCCGGCUUCAGGAAGUCAAGCAGCUAGUGGCAAAAGACCAGGAGACACAAGAAGAGAUAUUGCGUCUAACCCAGAGCACAGCCUUGGAGUUCCGUGAUGUUUCCCAACGGUUGCAGGUCCAGGAGGUUAACAGCAAAAUGACACUCUCCAUCGUCCAAGGCACCUUCAGGGCUGUACGCGAAGUCAGGGAACUUGUUGAUCGGGUAUGCCAGGCGGUGGUGGGCCUGCAGAUCAUCGCGUCGAACUCCAUGUUCUUCCGGGCGUUGGAUUCAACAAAGAACCUGCCUUUGGUGGUCGAGGAUGCGCUGGGUAGCUUUAUCGAGAUUCCACUAGACCUGGUGCACUCCUGGGAGAUGUUUCACCUCCUCCUUGCUCACCAAUUCGAAAAUCGCCGAGGACACAGUAAGGUGUUGAAUCACGAGUACGCCCUAGAGGAAUCAUGCACCGGGAGAGAUGUUGAGAAGUCACUGCCAUGGACAGCUUCGGUGCGGCGAGGAAUGAGGGUAAAUAUGAGUAUUGUCUCGCGGAGGUCAAGAUUAUCAAGGGGGUGUGCCCUCGGUGCAAGACGCCACACAGUGCUCUGGAUGAUGUCAAUAUCCAGUGCACCAACGAUGUGUGCAGGAUGUGGUUCCGCAUCCAGUCGGAGCAACAACAGGGUCGGAAAGUUAUCGACAUUCUCACCGACUCGGUCGACUUCACUCAAGGUGCCCAUAUCAAUGAAACCUCACCGGCCUCGGUCGGUACCGACAAACCAUCUGAUUUCCAGCGCGUACGCCUGAUUACUACUGCUGAGGACGAACACAUAGCUAUACCGGAAGAGGACGAGAUACUACGGCGAGUGAUAUCCAAACAGCCGCUUUACCGCAAGAUCCUUGGCCCUUGUU